AUGUAAAACACCGAUCAGGAAUCUUUUAUUCAUAAUUCUAUUGCAAAAGAUCUAGAAUAACAAAAUUCUAUUUAAAAAAAAAAGAAUACAAAAAAGUCAUCAAGACAAAUCCAUAAAAUACCAAUAAGAACUUAAUAAUUAUUAUUCGUUUAAGUUUUUUAGGAAGGUAAAUAAAUUAAAUAAGUAAAAGUAAUAAAAUAUUAUAUUAGGUUGCUGAUGAUUUAAAACUCAACUAUUCUAGUGCUAAAUCCUUAAUACAUUAUUAUAAGUAUAAUAAAAGACCUAUUCCUUUCUAAGUAGCUGAUGUAUUAAAUGGGAAAAAACCAUGCCUUUACAAAAGCAUGCAAAAUAAUUAGAAUACAUAUAAUAAUCUAAAAAUAGAAGUUUGGCUAAAGCACUCAUUUAUUAAGGCUUAUAACUUCUUUGAAAGAAUCAAAAAGCAAGAGUAACUAUUUGCAAGAAAAUGUCUUUAGUGA